AUGCAACAACCUGCCUGUAAUUACCCUCUAAAAAAGGACAGAGACAUACCAGAGGAUGCAUGGCACUUGGGUGAGGAAACUGAGCAAGCCCCGUGUGGUCCAGAGAACAGCAACUCAGACGGUAUUCCCUGGAAACAUCCAGCCACAGGGCCUCUGAGUGGCCUGAGGAAGACAGAGUCAUCCAGCCCAGAGGUGGAGUCCCAGAGCCUCAGGGCCUCUCCUCGGUGCCCCCAGAGGAGCCUGUCAAAGAAGCUCUGUGAGAACCAGGGGAAUCUCUUCCACUUUGACCGGCAAGCCCCAGGCAGAAUUUCUAUCUCUCCCACUUUGAGGAGAUGGAGGGGCAGGGGCUGUGGGACAUCGCACUCCUUGUCUCAGCAAGAGACCAUGGAAGGGCCCACCUGGGGAGGCUGGAAGGAGCCUGCAGGCUUCCAAUGUUACCUUUCCAAGAGUCUUCCUGGAAGCCCAAAGGAUUCUCCGCACUCCUUAUCGCCUUGGGGACUCUGCUCAAGAUUGCCUACAGACCCCAAAAGGACCUUCAAGGCAGCUGAUUCAUUGGAACCCCAGACAGAGCCCACAGAUGAGGAUACCCACCCUGUGCUUCAGCCCAUCAAUGAAGGGUCCUUUCCCCAGGCCUCUCUUCCAGGGAAAGGAGGCCACUCGAUGCCCAGCCCCACUGCAUGGCCCGCUAGACCUCAGGGAGAAGAAUUACAUCGAGCCAGGUGCGUAUGUAUUUAUUUUCUCCAGUGCUAAGAAAUCUGUGUCUGUACUUUUACAUCUAUUUUUCUGUUCUGA